UUGGCUGGAGGGAGGCCUGGAGGGGCACAGAAUUUAAGGCCUUUUCAGGCAGAAGAGACCACCAGGCCGGCUGAGACGGUGAGGCUCGGGAUGGCUUCCACGAGAAUCCGAGAGGCCAGGGAGAGCGACUGUGGAGACAUUAUGAGGAUGAUCCGGGAACUGGCAGAGUUCGAGAAACUGUCCCACCAGGUGAAGAUCAGUGAAGAAGCUCUGAGAGCAGAUGGCUUUGGAGAGAGCCCUUUCUUUCACUGUUUGGUGGCAGAGAUUGUUCCAGCACCUGGGGAGCCACAAGGGUCCCUUGUGGUGGGCUAUGGGCUCUACUACUUCAUCUACAGCACAUGGACUGGACGAAACGUUUAUCUGGAAGACAUCUUUGUGAUGCCGCAAUAUCGGGGUCAAGGGAUUGGUACCAAAAUAAUCAAAAAGGUGGCUGAGGUUACCCUGCAUAAGGGUUGCUCCCAGCUCCGCCUGGCAGUUCUGGAUUGGAACAAGAAGGCCGUGAACUUGUACAAGUUUCUAGGGGCUCAAGAUAUGACUGAAUCAGAAGGCUGGCUCUCCUUUCGAUUUGAAGGCGAGGCACUGAGGGAGCUGACGGGAUGUUGACUUACACCCUCUCUCUCCUGCCUCUUCUCUGAGACCACCAUAUCAAGUUCUCCUAAGACCAUAUCCGUAGGCAAUGACCCAGAGAGAUACUCACCCAGAGACCUCCCAGGGUGCAGGUUUCUGAAGUAUAGAAAGAGUAGACGUAAGGGGAGAAGCCUUGUUAGAAACCACAAAUAAAAUACUUACUUUGCCCUGAUGGGUAGAGGUUAUGAUGCUGCAGCCAUUUGAAAACCCUUCUGUUGGAACAUUGCUCUGAUGAGGGCCAGGACAGUCAAAGUGCCAGGGUACUGGAGGGCCCCAAGGACUUGCAGCAACCUAAUCUUGCCUCUAGCCUGUUAGAAAAAAGAACAAGAGGGUAUAGGCAACCGUAUAUCAAGCUUGUCAGUCACUGUUGGAACCCAAAGAUAUUUUAGGACUGAUGCACUAAAGGCUACAGACUGAGGGCUGCUGUCAGCGUUUCAAGGGACAGUGAGAAGGAACAAUUGCCUCCCCUUAACUAAUCAGACCUCUACUAGGUAGAUAUGGUGGUGUGGCACUGGGGAGCUGGGAGUAUGAAAACCUCCAGCUCAGGGGUUCAGGGGCCCCACCAGGGAAAGUGAGACCUGUUUCAUUAAAAAAAAUUAAACAAAACCAAAACAAAACUUUAAAACACUGGAAACAAUAAAGGAAACGGGCUGUUUAA